AUGUAUGACAUCACAGACGGCCUGGCUUGCCGGUAUUCGCCAUUUUUCUUUGGCCAGCGUAUUCGGGCCAGCUGCUCAGUCGCGGUCAGCCGAGCAUCACCAGCCUUGUCAGAUCUUCCCAGUGCCCAGGCCCUUUAUCACACUGGGGUGGUGGUGCAGUGGCGCGGUGGCGAUCUUGAGUACUGGUUCGGUGGCGGGAGCAGUAACGACAGCGGCAUCGUGACGGAGUCGGCAGGGCGCACGCCUUAUGGUGAACCGCUGGACAAAAGGUUCAUGGGCAGGACUUCCAAGACGCGGGAGGAGACUCGUGAUUUCCUGAAGCGUUCGUCGUCCACGUUCUCCUUGAACUCCUAUGACAUUGCCUACCACAACUGCAAUUCCUUCUCUGCGGCGAUGCUGGAAUUUCUGUGUGGAACGCAACUCGUUGGACUUCGGUGUGAGGUUUAG